CACGUGAGCGCGCAAGAUGGCGGCCCGCGCGCGCUGGGAGUGAGGCGCGGGAAGGCGGUAGCGGCCGCCGAGGCGACGUGGAAGGCAGCGCGGAGCAGGAGAGGCCGAGCCGGCCGGGACGCGCGGGGCGAAGGCGCAGCACUGCGUGCCCGGGUCUAAAAUGGGAGGAAGGGUGUUUCUUGAACCUCCCUUAGAAGAAAGAGCUCAUUUUGGAAGAAAUCAAAAGGAAACCCUACAACAGAAGUUUGAACAGCUUCCAGCAGAUGAACAGAGUUUUUUCCAAAGUGGAUCUUCCUUCCUUGGACUAAAUUCAAGUCUGUGUGGCUUAAUAGCAAAUAGUUUUUUUAGGCGUGUCAUGAAUGUUACCCAAGCUAGGGUUGCAUCUGCUUUGCCCAUGGUAUUUCUGCCCUUCUUCACUACUGUGGUUGCUUAUGAGAGUGCAAUUAACUACCCUUUAAUGGAAGGUGAUUUAAACUGUGCAACUUGUGCUGCCAUCAGAGGAGGUGCAGUUGGAGCCCUUAUAGGUGGCAUAUAUCCUAUGCUUAUAGCAUUGCCUUUGAACGGUCUUCUUGCCAUCAGGUAUUCCUCAUCUCCCAUGCCUACCUCAGAGAACAUUUUGCAGUACUACAAGAUGAUUUGUAAACCAGUUUUCAAAAAGAUGACAUUUGCUAUUCUCCUGCAAUGUGCAUUUGGUUCUUAUUUGGCCUCAAAACAUCAUGAAACAUAUACUAAAGCACUCCUGUUGCCUGACCCUAGAAGGGAUCCUGAAGAACUGAAUGAAUAAAACUUGAAACUACA